AUGGGCAGAUCGCGACGAGCUGGACGCUUAGUCCAGCUCCGCCGACUAACACGAGCGUACGCUACCCCUGGGGUCUUUGACCCCAGGAUUUUUGAUAGGCCACUUGAGCCCCCUGAACCGAGGAUCCAGGAUCCUUCACAGCAACCUCCGGUCCCAUGUCGGACCCAUCCACUUCCCUCACCGGAGUCACUGCCCCCGCACCAGCUCAUACCCCCUUCUCCCCCGCUUUCCAUGAAAUCUCCGCUAGCCCCCGGCCACCCACACCUCCUGCCAUUACGCCAGGCGCCUGAUCCUUGCCCGAUCAGGGCGUGGGCACCUCGCCCGCCGAUCACCCCCGCUCCUAGGCCCCCCAAGGCCAGCGUCGUCAGGGCGCCCCCAGCAUUACCGGCAGAGCGGACGAAGAGGCCCGGGCCGGAACCACAGGCCCUGCGAGGAACCCUGGCCCAGCGCACGGUCCGACCCUGCACAGUGCGGAUAGAGGCUCUCCCCCAGAAGGUCCGACUCGUGAAGCGGCCCAGGAACCAACCACGGGAGAGCAAGGACAUGCCUACCCUUCUCUAG